AUGGAUUACCUGAAAAAUGCGGAUUGGGAUGGAAACAUCCGUGAGUUACGCAACGUCAUCGAAACCGCCAUCAUCCUAGCGCAGAGAGAGAUCCUUCAACUCGACAAUUUCUCCUCCGAAUUUCAAACGAGCUUCACAGAUUCGGAGGUCGCUUCGGAUCCCGAUCCUCAAAUGGGAAUUCCUCUGAAUCUUGAUGCCCCGGAUAAUCAGGAAGCUCAAUUGAUACGACUGAUGAAAAAGGUGGAACAGUUGGAAUGA